ACUUCUUCCUGUACUACGGCACAAGGCAUCGUCGACAAAACGGAGCAAUAACCAUCGACUGUCCGAGCGUUUAUACCUCAAAAUAAUGAUAUCUACUUUGAAAAGAUUGAUCCUGCUUGGAUUCUUGAGCAUUUGGUACGUAGAGGAACAUUGCAUCCCCCCAGCUGUCUUGGGUAGUUUCGUUCGUGAUAAAAUCCUCUGUCAAUCUGUUCGUCGAUGCCCACAUCAAUACMGUCGUUAUCUCUCACCGCGAUUGGUUUGGUCUUUUUUCGAUCUGAAUACAGUUCUGCGAAAGACGUCCCGACGAGAAACCUCGAAGGUCUACUCGAGUUUCCGAGCGGUGUUUCGAAGGUUUUCAAUAUCACAACUAAAAUCACCCUGAACAACGGAGAGUACACUACGUACUCACGGAGGGAUGGUUCCUUUGUGAUCUACGACGUAGGUCCCGGAAUCCAUCAGCUGGACAUCGASUCCAAAAAAUUCCACUUCCCCCAGGUUAAGAUCCAGCUGCUGGAGGAAUCGAUGGAUACCCCAAAAUGUCUCGAAUACGCCUUCCCCGGAGCCCCAAAGAGAGCCCUGAAAUAUCCUUUGGUGAUCAAUCCAAAGGGCACCUAUCAGUACUUUGAGCCCAAAAAAGGGUUCUCGAUUUUUGGUUUGCUGAGAAAUCCAAUGGUGAUUAUGAUGCUGUUUUCGGCCGGACUUAUGGUGGCCAUGCCGAAGAUGAUGGAAGGAUUGGACCCGGAAGAAAAGGCAAGGAUGAGAGAACAAAUGAAAAACCAACAAGACCCAUCGGCGAUGCUUUCUCAAAUGUGGGGGGAGAUGACCAAUGCUGGCGAGGAAGAAGCCCCGAGGUCGAAAAAGGAGCGAAGACGCGUGAAGCAAAACUAGAAUGAAUCUCGUGGACAUGCCAAAAUAUUGCGCUUGAAUAGAUUUGCCGUGGUUAUGAUGUCUUUUCCAAGUGUAGAAACGAACACGUGUUCGGAUUCUAGCUAGUACACUACAUAGCAAAACGUGGCAUCGCAAUWCAAAAUAUUU